AAAGAAACAAUGUGUGUCUGCUGAGCUGUACGAACAGACUAACACAUGGUCUGAUAUCUGUUUUACUGGAGGAUCACUUUUCUUAAACUUGAACGCUAUAAGGAAUAAGUCUCGUGUGUCGUUCUCGGAUGUUUUGCAGAUUAAAUUGAAAAAAAUGAUCUCACUCCUACUUCUGUGGCUGGCCUUGAAAUCAUCAGACAGCUUCAACAUCGAUACUAAAAUAAAAGCGGUCUUUGAGGGAGAGAAGACAAUCUUGUUUGGACAGAAUGUUCUUCAGUAUAAGGAAUGGAUUUUGAUCAGCUCUCCACUCUAUACGGAUAACAGUAAAACGUAUGGGAAAAUGGGGAAGUGCAAUGUGAAAACAAAAAAGUGUGAUCCUUUCAACUUCAAAGCUGAAAAUGCAAAUAUUAGACCCGGUAUCACCACAGCUUUGGACUCCUUACGCUCAAAAGUUUUGAUGUGCCGGCAAUACAGGCAACAAUUUAAAAGAAACACCGAAGAUCUGAAUGGAAUCUGCACUUCCUUUUCUUCAAAGUUGGAAUCAGAUGGUUCUUUUGCCCCUGCAAAGUUAGUUGUAGCUGAAAUUGCUCGUGCAAAUGGCAGCAGCAAUGGCAACAACAACAACAACAACAACAAUGAUAACAGGGGCAAACUCUCAGGAAACGCAAAUCAGAACAACAACAACAAUAACAACGAAGAAGAAGAUGAUGGAGGAAUGGAGAUUGCAAUCAUUCUGGAUGGAUCUGGCAGUAUUGAUGCUCCUGAUUUCCAAAGAGCAAAGACAUUUAUCAUAAACAUCAUAACAAAUAUUUGGAAAGUAUGCUUUGAGUGUGAUUUUGCACUUGUGCAAUACGGUACAAAAAUUGAGACCAUAUUUGAUCUGAAUGAAAGUCGUACAAACAGUUCUGGGAUUUUCUCAAUUGUCAAAAAUAUGAGGCAAUUGGGUAACGUCACGAAGACGGCAUCAGCGAUACAGCAUGCUCUUGACCACAUCUUUAAUGAAGAAAAAGGCUCUAAAGCGAAUGCCAAAAAAUUCAUUGUUGUGGUGACUGAUGGAGAGAUAUACCGCGAUCCUCUGGAUAUAAGUGAUGUUGUAAAUUCGCUCAAAAUGAACAAUGUUGAGCGGUUUGCUAUUGGGGUUGGAGAUGCCACUAAGAAACCAAAACCCGUGGAAGAACUGAAACUAAUCGCUAGUGAUCCAGAUGAUAAGCACUUGUUCAGUGUGGAUAACUAUGCUGCUUUAGAUGGACUGCUGGAAAAUCUGGAAAAAAAUAUUGUUGGAAUUGAAGGCACUCAAGGCGCCUUUGAAAUGCAGCUGGCACAGGCUGGAUUCAGUGCACAAUAUACCCAAGAUGGCAACAUAUUAAUUGGUGCAGUAGGGGCAUAUGAUUGGGCUGGAGGAGUUAUAAUGUACAAUGAAACAAGUCAAAAGGUACAAUUUCUAAAUGAGUCUAAACCAUCAGAGGAUACAACCUAUGGUUACCUCGGGUACAGUGUCACUACAGUAAAGGGAGCAAGCGGGGACAUGUACAUUGCUGGAGCCCCUCGCUACAACCAAACUGGCCAAGUCCUAGUAUUUGAAGCGGGAGCGUCCAACACAAUAAAGCAUCGUCUGAAAGGCAAACAGCUUGGAUCCUAUUUUGGCUCAGAGCUGUGUGCUCUUGAUCUAAAUAGAGACGGUGCAACAGACUAUCUGCUGGUUGGUGCACCGUUCUAUCACAAACAAGGAGAGGAGGGAAUAGUUUAUGUCUACCAUCUGAAUGAAAAGAAUUACUUUGAAGAAAAAGGAAAUCUAAGUGGUUUACUCCGAUUUACCAGAGCCAGGUUUGGGUUUGCGAUUGCAAACAUAGGUGAUAUCAAUAAAGAUGGCUACAAUGAUAUUGCUAUAGGAGCACCUCUGGAGGAAGAUGGCACAGGAAGUAUCUACAUCUUCAAUGGGAAUAAAGACAAUGGGCUGGAGACCCAUUCCCAGAGGAUACCAGGAAAAGAGGUUAAAACUGGGCUGCAAUACUUUGGACAAUCAAUUGGUGGUGCAACAGAUGUGGAUGAAGAUGGGUUGAUCGAUAUAACAGUUGGUAGCUGUGGUGCUGUUGUUGUACUGAGCUCAAGGCCAGUUAUCAAUGUAAUUGUCACCGUGACAUUUUCUCCAGAAAGCAUACCUCUGCCUUCCACAACUCACCAAAGACAGGAACAACUUAUUCACGCAACUGUAUGUUUUACCACUGGAUCGAACUUUAAAUCAAUAGAUUUGAGCAACACGAAUGCUAAUUAUACUAUAAUCCUGGAUACAAAGCAGAAAAUCAAAAGAGUGAAGUUUACAAAUAACGUGAAUCCUUACACUUUAUCAAGUUUUGUGACACUCUCCUCUGAUGUCUGUGAAAGUUAUAACCUCACUAUACAGCGCUGCACCACUGACUGUGUCUCAGACGUCGAUGUAGAGGUGAACUUUACACUGGACAACACUGAAAAGAAGAAUGAACUCCCGUUACCAGUUCUUGAUAAAUUUAAGGAUGUGUCUGUACAUUUUCAGCUUCCAUUUCAGAAGGACUGUGGCCCUGAUAAUAUCUGCCUUGCCAAAUUAAAUUUGAUGUCCACUUUGUCACCCGCGAACUGGAUUGUUGGUUCCACUGCAAAUGUGACUAUGGACAUGUGUCUGUCGAACAAGGCGGCCUCGUAUUUCACCACCAUGGAUAUAUCCCACCCAGAUAAUCUUGACUUCAAGUUUGUAAGAUCAGAGACUGUGGAUGUCCAGUGUAAUACUGAACCAGCAACAAUAUCAUCCUUGUCAUUACUCAGGUGUCUGAUUGCCCACCCAAUACUCAAGAGCAAGUCAUCAAUAACUGUUUCUAUAUUUUGGAGUCUUAGACAAACUGAAUUCAAGGGAAAGAAGGCAUUUAUCAACAUCAAUGUCACCAAUAAAAAUGAAGCCAAGGAAGCUGCUGUUCAACAAACCCAUGAAAUUUUUGUGAAACACAGUGUCAACGUUGCAUUGUCACCGAGACAGCAAAACAAAGUUAUUCUCAUUAAUAAUGACUGGAGCAACCAGGAUGUACACCUGCAGUUUUUGGUGACGAUGGGAAACCGCUACAAUGCCGAAGUAAAUGUGACUAUUUCAAUACCAGUGAAAAUAAAGGGACUAUAUAUUCUGGAACCUAAAAUGGCAGAGAAUUCUUCACUUAAUUGUUACAAAUCAAAUUCGAUUGCAAAUCCAAUUCCAAAAGAAGAAUUCAAAAAUCAAUGGGGCUGUGAUGUAAAAGGAUGUGAAUGCCAACAUUUCAGUUGUCCAUUCAUACCCUCUUCUGGAGAAAUAACUGUAAAAGCAAGGUUAUCAUGGGCUAAUAUACAACAGUUAGUGAAACAUCAUGCUCAGAUAGUGGCCUUCGGGGUUAUCACCUUCGAUGAAGAUCUCUAUCAGGCAACAUCUUCUGACCUACACAAUGCUACGGUUUCCGUGAGCAUUGUCAAGGUGCUGAUGUUUAACACCAUCCCCGUGGUCAUCGGGGGUUUGGUUGUGGGGCUGUUUCUGCUCAUUGUACUGGUCUUCAUUCUCUAUAAAUGUGGCUUCUUCAAACGAAAUUACAAAUAUAAGAUUGAACUGGAGGAAGAAACUGAAAAGUGACCAUUGCUACAAACUGUACACACACACGAUUUUGUGUGAAUAAUGAACAACACAGAGUAUAUUUAAUACUUGAUGUCAUUCAUGCUGUUUCUAUUUAAAAUCCUCACCAGGGACAGGUAGCGGGGUGGUAAUUCAACCCAGUUAAAGGAUUGGUUUCAUUAGAUGAACUGCCCACUCAUCUGUACAUACGGUAAUGCUUUUAAAUCACUGUAAAUCAGUAUGAACUGCUGGACAUUAUCAUGCAUACUGAUGUUUAUAUUAAGUUGAUAAUUUUUCAGUUUAUAGCUGAAUUCAUGUUUAUAAAAUGUACAAGGUAAUUUCUCAAUUGUUUAUUUUUCUAAAUGUGUCCUGUAGUUAGAUUAUUGGACCAUAAAUUAAUGGGUAGGGUUUUAUAAAUGUUAUUAAAGCGCUUAAGUGCACUUAGCAAAAUGA